AUGAAUCCAACGGAUGCAUCAACAGAGGAAGUGGAAUCGCUUCAUCAACAAACUGUUCUACUCGAUAUUCCACCUCGAUUGCAAUGGGAUAAUGGUAAUGGGUAUUGUGGCGAAACAGCUCUUCAGUGUAUCGUUGGGGAUAGUUUACAAGGUUCUUAUCGGUAUGCUCUCUAUGAUAGUUAUCAAAUAAGUCGUUCACCUAUUGAAUUACUCUAUGUGAUUUCAUAUGGAUCAUCAUUAUUUAUUGGUACUUUUGCUGCUUCAUUAGCGGAUCGAUAUGGACGUCGAUGGGCAUGUUUUCUUAGUGCUUCUUUUUAUAUUCUACAGUGUUUCCUACUUAAUUUCUCUACAAUCUGGAUUUUGGUCAUUGGAAAUAUAUUUUGGGGUAUAGCUAAUGCUUUUUAUCAUACAGGAUUUGAAGCUUGGCUUAUCCAAGAACAUCGAGGAGUACAUGCUUGUUCGGCACUUGUUUCAAUAGGAACUGGUGUUUUCGCUCAAUUAUUAGUACAAUUAAAUGUUCGUAUUGUUCUACUUGGAUUGAGUUCAGCUUUAUUCGAUGCAUCAUUGCAUAUGUUUAUUAUUGAAUGGACACCGAUACUUCAAAGAGCUAGAAGUGUCACUGGUCAAACAUCAUUACCAUUAGGUUUUAUUUUUGCUGUUUAUAGAUCAUUUGAUAUGAUUGGUUCAUUUAUGUUCGGUCCAAUGGCUAAACACAUUCAAGUUCAAUCAUAUAUGAUUUUGAAACUACCUGAAGAACAAGCAUUUGUUUGUGAAAAUCAUAUACUCGUCGAUGAACCAUCAUCACCAUUGUUCAACAUGAAACGAUCUCAAAUGAAAUCAUUUUCAAUCUCACUCAUUCCUCAAAUUUCCACAAAAUCUGACGAUGAUGACCAAUCAAUAUCUGGAAUGAGUAAUGACGAAACUUGUUCUAUUUCUGAAAAUCAAAAAAAGUUUUAA